UUGUCAAAUCCUCAACCAGUCCAGAAACUUCGCGACUGCGCCGCCGCGCGACCGGAGCGGACAAGCCAAGUGGUCGCUCACCUCCUUUUCUUCUUGGCACUCCGUUGCUCCUCGUCCCUCUUUCCGCUACGGAUGGAUCAGGAAACCGCUCUCGAUCUCGUGAAGAAGGGCUCGACUGUUCUCCUGCUCGAUGUCCCGCAGUUCACCCUCCUCGGUAUCGACACCCAGAUGUUCUCCGUGGGGCCAAUGUUUAAGGGUAUCAAGAUGAUCCCACCAGGGAUCCACUUUAUCUACUAUAGUUCCUCAAACAAGGAAGGCAAUGAAUUUUCUCCAAUGGUCGGCUUCUUCAUUAGUACAAGAUCAGCCGAGGUGGUUGUUCGCAAGUGGAACCCUUCAGAAGAGCGGUUGGUCCAAAUUUCUGAAGAAGAGGAAGGCAGGUACUCUGAAGGAGUUAGAUGCUUGGAGUUUGAUUCUCAUCUUGGUCCUUAUGUUUUAAAUCAAUAUGGGGAGUGGAAACAGCUUUCUAAUUACAUCACUGAGAGUACUAUUGAGAAAAUUGAGCCCAUUGGUGGAGAUAUUACAAUAGCCUAUGAGUCUGGAUUAAUUGAAGUUCCUAAAACUGCCAUGGAGAAACAAUUGAUUGAGCAACUAAAGAGCAAUACGUUUUCAAAAUUAGAAAGAGAGGAACAUUACAAACAUGGAUGCUACUACACGCCUAUUCCCAAUUCUGUCAAUCACAAGGGCAUCUCUGCCGAGGAACUUACAGCAAUUAACCUUGAUAAAACAAAGUUGCUGGAAAAGAUAUUGAUCAAAGAUUAUGGAGGUGAAGAAGAUUCACUCUUGGGGGAGCUACAAUUUUCUUUUGUUGCCUUUAUGAUGGGACAAUCACUAGAAGCCUUUAAACAGUGGAAGUCUUUUGUUAUCCUUCUAUUCAGCUGCAUAGAAGCACCACUUAAGACAAGAACUCGUUUGUUCUCCAAGUUUAUCAAAGUUAUCUUCCACCAACUGAACCAUGGAUUUCAGAGAAAUAAAAAUCAUUCAAACAAUACGGGAAAGGAAAUAUCCCUUUUCUUGGACGAGGCAUGGUUCUCCAAGGAAAUUUUCUUAUUUCGCCUUUGCAAGGAUUUCUUCCCGUUGGUAUUGGAUUCUUCAGUUGUUGAUGGUGACUUGCCCUAUUGGGUUCGAACUCUUUCUUCUCGUACGAGAAAACUGAAGGUUCUACUUGAAACUGCACUUGGGUGGGAUUUUGCAGAUGACGAAGAUGAUGAGUUCUCCCCUGUAAUUGUACCUUGUGACGAAGUGAAUUAAUCUCCUUCAAGUUGCAUGAUGAUCUCCGAGGAGUCUCAGAUUUGGCAAGUGUUUGUCUUCUGGAAAUUGUUCCACCGUAAGCCUCAACUGUAGCUUGAGCUGUUUUGAACAUCUUGAAACUGUUAGAUCUUGAAUAUUAUGAUUAUUAAGUGACGUGUUAUAUUUCA